AUGACGGCACUUGUUGGCUCUUUCUCUGCACACAUUGCUGCGCCUGCAUCUGCAGCAGCACCAGGUCCAGCCAUGGGCUACUCGUACGCCAACUCAAUCGCCAGCGACGCUCCAUCCCUUGCUUCGGCAGCCACCUUUACCACGACUCCCCCUGCAGUCGCCAACGUCAAGCCCGCCCCCGAGUACAUCUCGCUGUCCAGCGCCUCCCAGCUGGCCACCGACGUUGCUGACGCUCGCGCCGACGAGGACCACUCAUGGCGCCUUCAUCACAGAGCCACAGUAGCCGAGAGCGCCGUUGCUUCCAUUAACCAAUUCCUCGAUCGUCAGCUCUACGAGUACAUUGCCGUCGCCAGAACCACCGCCCUCAACGCUCUGAAGCCUGCCGUUACAGAAGUCCUCAGGAAGAACCUUGCAAGAGAUGCAAUUGCCAGCGCCCAAGACAACCUCGAAGACCUCCUCGCUCUGCAGGCUGACGAUGAGUUCGACGAGUCCCGCCCUUCGAGCCAGAGCGGCGCCAGAUUCAACCUCGACUUCACAUGGAAGAGAUCGCGUCUCAGAGUCAUGAUGCGCUCAGAAAAGAGCGAGUUUGACAUUGACGACGAUGAGCGCUACGUGCGCCAGGAAGGCCUCAACACAACCUUUUCAGAAACUGCCGGAGUCAUCACUCUGGCAUCCGAGAUCUUCUUGGCCGGCGUGCUUGACUAUCUGGGCGAGAUGCUGCUCACCAUGGCAUCUCAAGUCACCCUCAGUCGCAUCCAGCGCGCGAACGCCAAUCCGAGCCUGCCCGAAAACAGCGACGAAGUCACGCACAUCCUUGUCGACGAUGCUGACCUGGAGCGAGCCGUGCUCAACUCUCCUCUGGAUCGUCAGUGGCGUGCAUGGAAGAAGUCGGUUCGCAUGCUCAACCGUGCCUCUCAACAGAGCCAUUCUGUAGCGAGCAGUCCGGUUGUUGUUCGCAGAGGCAGCUUGUGGGACCGCGUUCCCGAUCGACCCGAGAACAACUACCCCGAGCAUGUACUUGCUUCCAACAUUCCAUUGCCCGAGAACCAGCGCGAUGUCGAUGAGAUUGAAGUCCCUGGUCUCGCCAAGGACCCCGAUCGGCCACAGUCUGCCCAGCAACCUCACUAUGCGCCUCGAGCUUACCGCCCACAGAGUGCUGGCUUCGCCGCCCACCGCCAAUACCAAUUCGACAACUUCGCCAAAUCCCGCCCAGUCUCAGGCCCGCUGCCUAUGACUACUCCACUUGUCGAAGCUCCUGGAGCUUGGCCUACCGACACCCCUGCCGUAGAGAUCGUUGAUCCCACUUCACAAUUUGCCGAAGGCCAAGCUGGAGAGGGACUGCCCAGCGUAAACGUCGACAACUCGGAAAGACCGGAGUCGAGAGACAGUGCUCACACCGGAAAAGCCUCCAUCUCGUCUCAGCCCACAAGUCUUGACGAGACUCUCCCCGCCAUGAAGGUGGUACAGCGACCUAAGAGACUCGCUAUCUACGGCCCUUCAUCAGCCAGAUUCACACAAGCAUUUAACCUUUCACAAGAGGGCCUAGAACUCGCAGCAGAUCUGGAUCGCCCCUUUAGUCCCGAAGAUUUCUUGGCAAGUCGCAAUUUGAGUGGUUCUCAUUCGGGCUUGACUNCAACAUCGAGUCACAGCAAGCCCCAAGCGCUCGGAUCUCCCGCUGAGCUCUCUGCCGAGACCUUUAUGCAUUCAGACAGCGGCAGUGACGCAGAGAAUGAUUCCGAACCCGUCAAUCAUACAGCUCUUAGUUCUCCUAUUAUCGCUACCAGUCCAUCGGUCAGACAGUUCCCUGGUCUGGGGAUUUCACGAUCUGGUUCAGACGCCUCUUCAGGACGUGCAAGAACUCCCAUAUCUGAACAACGUGUCUCAGCCGAAUUUGUAAAGACCAGGAGGGCUUCCAAGUUGGCAGACUCAGACUCGCCUAGCCCCGGCAACCGCGGCGUUCGUCAGAUCUCAAGGCAGAGCGUCGACGAAAGGAAGAAGCUUCCCACUUCAUCGCUGACUUCGGAGAAAGACUUUGAUGCUCUUCUGCAGAGAGACGAAACGAUCAAGUACACUUUGACUCCGGAAAAUGUCAGAGAUUCAUCUGAUAGGGCGUUCAGCCCGCAAACAAGAGCCAGAAAGCCAACAGUCUUUCGCUCGAACACCGGAGAGAACUCCAGGNAAAACAGUGAUACACAUUCAAUGCGGUCCAGCAGUGCAACUCGAUCGACCGCAGCCGUCAAUCAAAUCAAGGAGCCAAAGCCAGUCGAGGAGACCAGAUCCAGAAAGACUUCCAUCAGUCGUCCUUCGCCUCAAAACCUGCAUGCUCUGCCUUCAGGCCAGAUGGCUCGCGAAGCAGUCAUGCAGACUGAGUCGACACGAGAUCUUGCGGACUUCUUUCGAUCGACUGCUCCAGACAGAGAACCCAACCCAAUUGUACCUGGUCUCGCCACUAGCCGCAGCGUGACUUCUAUGCGCGCCACAGCUCAGGCGCAAGCUGCAAGUGCGAGAGAUGCUCCACCUGUGCCCAAGCCAACAACUUCUAAUGGCAAAUACAUCCCAAGAAGCCCUGCGGGGCUACCUCCGAAACGUUCAGCCAAUCGACCAAGCUUGACUGCUAGAGCAGCGACUGGAUCAUCCGAUAAUAAUAGUGAUCUGAUUGACUUCAUCAGAGGUGGACCACCUGGCCCUGAUGGAAAAGCUCGUGUCCCGACACACAUUGCGCCUUUUGCAGACUGGGAUGGUGGAGACGUUCAAACAACAAUCACUGGCGCUCAGAACUCGAAUGUCAACAGGCCUCUGACAUCAUCCACAUCCGACUCACGCACAGGACUGUUGAUGAAUGGUACUUCUAACAUCAACUACGGCAGCGGCAGUACACCCAAGCUACCCAUGUCGCCCUUGACUCAACCUAGCUCUCCUGCGAUGAACUUCGUGAUACCGAACACACGUCCCACAGUCGGUAGUGAUGGCCGUACACGAAGUAGAAUCAAGGACCCGUACGCCAUCCCUGACGAUUCGGAUGACGACGAAGAAGAUGUGCUUGCUGCAUUGCCAGCAACCAACAGCAACAGUAACACUGUCGCAAGUGCUGAGAAGCCUCGUACCGGCUCCAUCACCAGCAUGCACUCUUCGGCCGGACGCUCUCCCGCGAUGGGCAACGGCAACACACCUACCUUGUCGCCUAAUCCUGGCUAUGCUCCCAGCAUCAACAGCAUGCGCUCAGCGACAUCUACUACCGCAGUCCGCCCCGCCCACAUCACUUCUCAGAUCUCCAGUGGCAAUGUACCUCGCAGCAACAGAGCGAAGAUGGAAGUGCGCUCGGCUGGCGUUGUCAGGACUGCCAGGCUCGAUCCCUUCCAAUCCUCCGGCACCAGUGAUCUCGCUGACUUCCUCAUGUCAUCAGGACCUCCUGAACCCGUUCAGAGAUCUGCUCCGGCACCUGCUGUUGGUAAGAAUGGCAAGCCGGAGAAAGCCGAGAAGAAGAAGAGUAAAUUCUGGCAGCGUUCUUCCUCUUCCAAGAACACCUACGUUGACAUGCCUUGA